AUGCUUCGGUUUUUAUUCCGUAGCCCGCGGAGUGUUCGCGUGCCACUUCAAAAUGGCCCCGUCGAUCUCCAAAGGGUUGCAAUAACCAGAAGAUCUAAGUCCACACCUGUCUUGUACCGGCUCUUCACUACGGUUGCCCUGACUUACUGUGCCGCUAAGGCGAUCAACUAUAUCUAUCCGGACUCUGCGCACGGCUCCAAGCCCCAAGCUGAGUCUGUCAAGAAGACCCGCAAACCCCAGGACCAGGAAAGACCAUGGCAAGGGCACUGGGACAAAGCCAACGCAAAUGGCUCGAUCAAUUCACCCGAAGUUAUCCAUUUGAUGCUGCCGAUUUGGAUUCGACGAGCAAAGCCCCAGUUAUGGGAGCCGGAUGACCCAACCUGGAAGUCGUUCCAAGCCCUUCACGGAGAUACGAAACGCCUGCGUGAAAUUACAAGAGCAAUUCAAGAAUCUCUGAAACAAGAGGUGGUUAAGAAAUAUGGUCGUACUUUGAUGGACCUGGGAGGGAAGUUCGCCUUUCACGCCGGAUGGAGACUUGCUCCGCCUUUGUAUGCCCCGACAACCUAUGAAGUCCCAUGCAUAUUCUUAGAACCGGGCAAGAUCAGUUAUGGCUGGAGGCAGCUGCCAAAUAGCAUGGGCGGGAAGAUGGAUCGCGUUUUUCAUCCGCUUGUGCUUGGAAAGGCCUUUUUCAAUGGUGUUAGGGAAUUUGCCUGGGCUUCAUAUCUGAUCACCAAAGCCCGCCUGAUGGAUCGGCUCAGUUCCCUCGGCGCGACCGACAAAGACUCCAUCGUAUCGCAGAAAACUCUCAGUGAAGAGGAAAAAGCCCACAAGCGGUUGAAGUUUGGAAAGUUUUCGGAAAAGGACAAAACAGUUUGGCUUCCUUUUCUUCGUGGUGACUACGGCGAGCAUGACUCCAGACGCGCCUACCGCGACCUCGUCAAGUCCAUGACCUACCAAGGCGCAAUCGAGUCCGGAUGCGCUGUGUUCCGAGCAUAUUGGAUUUAUGGACAAGAAAAGAUCAUGCAGUCGUACGCUCGAGACAGCGUACUGUUCGUGGGAGAGAUAGCCUUCGUGGGAGACAGAGGUACCUUGUUCGUGCAUGCCGUGGCGGUAUACUCCCCCGAGACGGAUUCUCUCAUUGGACCACCCAUCCUCAAACAUGCGUAUGUCGUCCCAGACAGAGAGAAAUGGGUGACAGACAAGACUGCCGAAACCGACGAAGAUGGCUUGCGUCAAGAGCAGAGACAAGAACAGACGAAAUUGAUUGCUCGAGAGGCUCUGAAACCAUCAACAGAACCCGAGGAGGCACAGCGGACCGGGAAGCCUCCUUCGGCUGAGGGAAAUCAGGAGAAAAAGAGUGAGAAAUGA